CUGUGAGGAUGAAAAGCAAGAGCUGGAAACAAACAUCAGUGAAGAAUGAAGGGUUUAGUGUGUUUACUGCUGCUGUUGGAAACCUUUGUGUGUGUCGUACAGCAUCAGGUAGAUGGAGGACUCAAUGAUAAUGAGAUCAGUCAACAGCUCAGAUCUGAGGACGGAGGACAGAAUCCACCUCAAACAGACACUUUGAGAGAUGAAGCUUCAACUGACAGCCGACAAAACUACCAUCUGUGCUUCACUGACAUCCAUGCAGCGCUGAGAGAACUGACCGCUACAGUUACAGAGCAGAAAAUCAACAUCAGAGCUUUAGAGACGCAACUGAAGGAACAACAGACGUUUAUCCUGGAAGAGAUAAACAAGAAAAAUGAUGUUAUCCUGGAAGAGAUGAACAAGAAAAAUGCUGAAAUGUCAAAUCUUACUCUGAGUCAAGUGGAGGGGUUGAGAAAGGAAAAUAUAGAAAAAGAAAUAGCUUUUUCAGCUUCACUGAUGCAAUCUGGCAGUGGAUAUAUUGGUCCUUUUACCAAUGAAAUCACACUAACCUACAGGAAAGUCUUCACAAACAUAGGGAACGCCUACAACCCAAAUACAGGUGUUUUCACAGCCCCGCUGAAAGGAGCGUACAUGUUCAGAAUCUCUGUAUAUGGUCAUGGCCCAACAGCAGCAGCUGCAUCCAUUUUUAAGAAUGGAGAGCGUGUGGUUUUGGCAUAUGCUGGUCAGCCUCAGAGGGAGUUAAACUCCUCUAAUGGAGUUGUGUUGAUCCUGGAGGUUGGAGAUGUUGUUUAUGUGAGACUUUGGCCUAACACAAGGAUAUUUGAUAGCGACAAUAACCACAGCACUUUCAGUGGUUUCCUACUGUUUCCCUUAAGAGAACAGGAGCUUUGCAGAAUGUGACUCAAAUAAUACUGAACAUUCAGUGUAUGAUUUAAGAUGGAAAUCAGGAAGAAUCAUUAACAUAUGCCCCUAUAUUAAUGGGAACUAAUGUUUUGUUAAGUGUUUUGUUAAAAUAUAUAUCUAAAAUACAAAUUUACUAAACAAACUCAUUCAGCUGUGUAAAAUAAUUAUUUUCAAUGUGUUUUCUUUUUGUUUUGUUUAAAUUCUUUAUUUUCAGUCAGCAAAUCAGAAUUAUAGGAUAAAAGUAGUAUCUGUCCAUUGGUUUUCUCAUGUUUUUAGUUUUUUAAUAAAACAUAUAGCCUACAUACUUUGAAUAAUUACGGAGAGAAUACAAAUAACUACAUUGUCUGGGACAUAAAAGGAGAGGAUAUGGAGGAAGACAGUAAAAUCAAGCACAGGAUCAUUAAUUCAGCACCUCGACGAAGUCUGGUCUUAACGGCCAUACAUCAUUUCCAAGGGUUUUGCAUUUGAAAUCAUAUUUAAUCUUUAUUAAAUCAUUAAAUUAACAUUACAAAUGACUUUGCCAAAAUUCACAUCUUCAAUUGUUAAUUUUACGCAUCAUAUUUUGCAAUAUCACAUUAUGAUCACAAAGACACUUGAAAAUUAUGUUUUAAAUGAGUCCUGAAAUAAGCAUUUAUUUUAAUUAUUUCAAAUAUCUGUAUCUACAACAAAUUGUGUGUGUGUGUGUGUGUGUGUAAGCAUGUUUAAUGGAGUUAACAUGGAAAAUUUGCCUUGCUUUAGAGGAGACAAACUGACACUUUUAAAACAGACACAUUUCAAUGAAAGCAAGCUUAUACUAGUCUUUUUAACUCACUCAUCAGUCUAAUGUGAUUCUACAAUUGAUAUUUAGACAUUAUAAAAUCACUAUUAUAACAUUUAUAAUCAUAUUUUAUCAAAAUCCCUCACUUCAUAUCUAUUGAAACAUUAGUUUUGACAAUUGUGCAUUAGGAGUAAUGCGAAACCUGAAAAUUGUGUUUUAUAGAGGACACUUGCAGUAAACAUUUUGUUACCCAUUAUAUCCAUAUCUAAAACACAAAUGUGUGCAUGUGUGUGUAAGAUUGCUUAGUCAACAUUAAGUAUUAUUGUUAAAGCCUUUCAUUCUUUUGUGAAUGUGUUUUAGCAUAUUCUCCAUCAUGUAUAUUUUAUGGUGUCAGUCCUACAUUUCAGGUCGGCCUAUUAUGCUAAAACUUAUGCUUGUUUUUGACCCCUUAUAGGCGAAGAUUCAUUUCUUAAUUCAUGACAGGAUUGCAAAAUAAUCAAUCUGUA